ACAGGGCCAAUCAUAUCUGACGAGGAGCCCCAGGUGGGCGGGUCUUUGUGGUAGGCGCUGUCGACAAUAUGGCGGAUGACGGAGACAGGUCGACUGGAGCUGUUGAUACUAGUGGCGGACCGGGGACUUCAGAGGAGUCUGACGGGUUCAGUCUUGGCGGGAUGUUGUUAAAUUUAAGUAUUUUAGUUGUAGUGGUUACGAUCUGCUAUGUUAUUUAUCGGCGAUGGGGUAAACGGAUUGGUGCUGACGCGGCCCAGGGAAGCGAGGCCUCGUCUCUGCCGAAGAUGAGAAGACGUGAUUUCACUUUGGAGCAACUUGGGGAAUACGAUGGACUGCAAAACCCCCGGAUCAUGAUGGCAGUCAAUAUGAAAGUAUUCGAUGUUACCACCGGCAAAACGUUUUAUGGCCGAGACGGUCCUUAUGGUAUCUUUGCGGGCCGGGAUGCAUCGAGGGGUCUGGCCACGUUCUGUUUGGAGAAAGAUGCCUUGAGGGAGGAAUAUGAUGACCUGUCAGACCUCAACGCUGUUCAGAUGGAGUCAGUCAGAGAGUGGGAGAGGCAGUUCAUGGAAAAAUAUGAUUAUGUUGGUCGACUGUUAAAGCCCGGGGAUGAGCCGUCAGAAUACACAGAUGAGGAGGACAUCAAGGACCACCUGAAACAUGACUGAACUGUUGCCCUGUUCUGUUCACACCACCAACCAAAGCCUUGACCCAAACAGCUGACAGCACCUGUCCCCCCCACACCCUUCCUCUUCCCUCUCAAGCCCCCCCCCCUCCUCUUCUUCCCUCUCAAGCCCCCCCUCCUCCUCUUCUUCCCUCUCAACCCCCCUCCUUCUUCUUCUUCUUCCCUCUCAAGC